CUGUCCUUGCAGGAGGUCCUGAGCGGCGCUGUGGAACUGGCAGAGGAGGGGUUUCCUGUUUCAGAGGUAGCAGCGCACUACUGGGAGAAGUGGACCACUGCUCUGAGGAGCGAUGGGAAAGCCCUUGGCGAGGACUUACUGACUGACAGUCGUCCGCCCAGAUGUGGACAAGUUUUCAAAAACCCAUCAUUGGCUCAAACCAUAAAGGAGCUUGGUGAGCGAGGCAAACCAGCUUUCUACCAGGGCAGAGUGGCCCGAGCCAUCGUUGACGUCAUCCUUCAGAAUGGAGGGGUCAUGACUUUGGAGGACCUCAGCAGCCAUGAUAGUGAGGUCGUCACCCCUAUAAGCACAGAAUACAAGGGUUUCCGUCUGUGGGAGCUUCCUCCCAACAGUCAGGGACUGGUUGCCUUGUUUCUCCUCAACAUCCUGGAAAACUUUCCUCAACUCAAAGCUGGAGGCCAUAACAGUCCUGACUACAUCCAUGUAUUGGUGGAGGCUGUGCGUUUGGCACAAACAGAUGCUUUUCACUACCUGGGUGACCCAGCUCAUGGGGCCGUCCCUUUGGAAAGCCUGCUGGAUAAGAGCUACAGUCGCCAACGAGCGCAACGCGUCAGCAUGAACAGGGCCAUGGAGUGUGUGCGGCCCGGCUUGACCACAGGAAGUGACACCGUUUAUUUCUGCGUGAUUGACAGCCAGGGGAACGCAUGCUCAUUCGUGAACAGCACCUAUAUGGGCUUUGGAACCGGGCUGGUUCCUAAAGACUGUGGAUUCUCACUACAGAAUCGCGGCGCCGGCUUUUCUUUGUGUCGCGAACACAUUAAUUGCGUUGCCGGAGGGAAGAGGCCGUAUCACACCUUAAUACCUGCCCUCCUCACCGACUCUUCAACCAAAUCACAAAAGCCACAACUCCUCGCUGCGCUUGGUGUGGUGGGGGCUUUUAUGCAACCACAGGGACACAUUCAGGUGCUGUUGAACAUGGUGGAGUUUGGGAUGAACCCUCAACAGGCUCUGGAUGCACCAAGAGUCUUUGUGCACUACGACCCCAAAGCUGAUGGGUGGUUGGUUAAAUUAGAGGAGGGGAUUGACCAGGAAGUGGCCGUGGAGCUUAGAAAACGGGGCCACAUGGUCACCUGGCCCGUUACAGGACACGGGCGGUCUGAGUUUGGGCGGGGACAGAUUAUCACAGUGGGGGAUUGGUGGAACAUAUCUGUCACUCAAGACAGCUCUCCAUCCAGGGUCCUGUGGGCGGGAUCGGACCCCAGAGCAGACGGAUGUGCUCAGGGAUACUAACAUUAGGAUGAGAUAUUCAAAAGGCUAAUAUUGUGUUUCUCAGGCAUGUAGUUCAAUUCUAUACCAUAAUAAUGUAAUUAUGUCACCUUCAAAAAA